AGAUAAACCAGAAAAAAUGUUGGUAACACAUUCAAACAACUCACAUCUAGAUAUGUAACAGCAGGAGACAGAAGCAAAAUUUUUGGGUGAUCUGACAAAUAUUGAAAAGAAACAAACUAUUUCUCUAACACAGUAGGCCCACAAAAGCAAAACUGACUGAAGAACACAGGGGUUUUUUACCAAGGCAGAGCAAGGUGUUACUACCUGCCUAGAAGAAAUUCAUAAUAAUCCCCUAAAAAUACAGAAAACCUAUUUUUUUAAUUAAAAAUACGAUCACGCCAUUAAAUUAUCACAUUGGCAAUAUUCACUGUUUUUCAGGUAUUACAUUCAGGAUGAUUUAAUACAUUUUUCAGAGCAUACACAAAUAAAUAUUCAGAAUGCCUAAGUACCUUCCCCUGCCUUGGCACAGAUUCUCCUCAGAAGCAGCCAGGACUCAGAGAUAUUCUAAUUGCUCACCAGAGAGCAUUGCCAUGUCACUGUCACAAAAAAAGCAAUCUCAAACAACCUCCUGUACCCAAAACUCACCUUAAGAGCUUACCGUGUGUUUUACAUAAACCAAAAAUAUUUGAAGUUGUUUACUGGAAUUGUUUUGAAACACAAAAUGGAAUAAAAUUCCUAAGUGCUUAAGCAUCUUAGGCAUUCAUUUGAAUAGUUUUGCAUGGCAUAUAUGAAAUAUCUCAGUUCUAUAUAGUACAGCUGCAAGAAAUCAUAUGAUAAGGGGAUUUUUUUUCCUCAUUUAUUCCUAUCAAUGAAAUAUUGAGCACAAGAACAUAGUGUAUAAAAUGUAUUGGUCUCCUUGGACAUGAAAAUAUUGGAAAGACAGGCAUACAUCCCUAAAGGUGGCUGUGGAUUAGACUUGAUGAACACCUGCCAGCCUUCCCCCUCAGCAUUUUCUCUAGUAUGGUUAAGAGGGGGAGGUACAUACAGUGCUCCAGGUAUGACCAGGGGAUAUCAGGAAGCACAGCAGUGCUAAGACACUUAAUUUAAACAAAAAAAGAAACUGGAUUCCAGCUUUUGAGGUGACUUUAUCUGGCAGCAGUGCAGUAGGAUUCCCGAGGAUGCUGUUCUACUGUAGAACCAACUUCGAGCCUCCCAUUUGCUAUUCUGCAAGAGCAGUUCAAACAGGAUGCAGCCCUUCUUGCUGAGAUGCACCCAGAAUGCCGGGCUCAGUGUUGUUGGUGAAGGUUAGAGUUGUUAGUGAAGCUGUGUUUUCCACGGUGUUAUCUGCUUGCUUGAACAUCAUUUCCUGUAGUUAUUAAUUUUCUGCUUGUGCACGAAAUCAAUUUACAUCCUGACUCCCUAUGCUUAUUUCGCUUUUUUCUUUAAACUAAAAGAGUGAAAAUCAAUUCAAAAUUGUUCUGCAGCUGCUGAAUUAUUCUCCAUAUAAUGUCUUUACCAAUGCUGAGGGGCACCAUCAUGCAGCUGCUUAUAGGAACUGGAUUUCAUCUCACUGAGUGAACGGCGAAGGAUCAGUCCCUGCACAUUAACACUGUGGGAAAAGGGAAGAUCUUUCAACUCCAGUCUUUCUUAAGGAGAUGCACUAUAAAAAAUGUUCCAGCUAUAUGAAGGACGGACAACAGGGGCUGCAGCAGAGGUGCAGCAGGGAGCUGUGUGCGUCAGAAAGAGAAAAGAAAGAGGUGCUGUAGUGGCCAAGGAUGGGCCGCUAGCCCCUCUCACGGCAGGUCCAGUGCCUCCUGCAGCCUCAGCCUCACCUGAGACGCCACCUCAGCAGCCCCGCCCGGCCAACUCCAGCACCCGCCACCAGCACGUCCCACCCCGCUGCCCCGCAGAGGAAAGGGGCUGCCGAGCUGCGGACCCGCUCUGGGCCACGUCCCCCCUCCCCACCUGCAGCUGGGCUCAACUGGGCUCGGCCGGGAUUAGGCUGGGCUCGCCUAGGCUCGCCUUGGUUCGGCUGAGCUCGCCUCGGUUCGGCUGCGCUCGGCUGAGCGCCGCUCGGCUCCUCUCGGUCCGCAGCUCCGGGCCGGCCCCGCCGGAGGCGACGGCUUGGUGUGCGCGGCGGGGCCGGUGGGCGUGGAGCGGAGGGCGGCCGGAGCUGUCCGGAGGCCUUGCGGGCUGCCCCCGACCCUGGGAGGGCGGCGGCAUCUCGCGUCUGGCAGGCCGGGCGCUGGCCGGGGUCCGCAGCGGGGCCCGGCCGUGCUUCAGCGGGCCAGGGCUCUCCGCCUCACGGCGGGGGCACCGGGAGGAGGCGGCGGUGGCGUCUAGCGUUCAGGGAGAGAGACAGAUGACGUUGAAACCAUUCACUUAUCCGUUGCCCGAAACAAGAUUUCUUCAUGCUGGCAGGCAUGUGUACAAAUUUAAAAUCCGGUAUGGCAGCUUCAACAGCUCUCCCAGUCUCAGUCUCACUGAAAGUGCUGCCAAGGAAUCAGAGGAAGUGGUUCGAGUAAUCCUUGGAAAUCUUGAUGAUUUACACCCAUUUUCUACAGACCACUUCACUGUCUUUCCAUAUUUGAGUAAAUGGGAGCGAGUAUCAAAGAUGAAAUUCAAACAUGAGAAUGUCCAUCUUGUGCCUUAUCCCUACAUUUGUACAUUGUAUCUGGAAUUGAACUCAUUUCAGCGAAACAUAUCUUGUGGUAAAGAAGUAAAGAAGGGCACUGAUGAGCUUAAUUCCUCCAAAGCAAAUGAGCUUGAGUUUAGCCCAGCAUCCCUUACUAAAGACUGUGACCAACUGAGUUUGUGGGAACCUGUGGAAUUUGCCCUUGAACAAAAAAGAGUAGCCAGUCAGGCUGAGGGUGCAGUGCAGCUGCUGCAGCAAACGGACCAAACAGGAAAGAAAGGGAACAUGAAGUCAGAAGGAAGAGGUCUUUCACAGUCCUGGAGAAGCAUCAUCUUUGCCCUACUACAACAUCUUUUUGGUGGAAAAAAAUGACCUGGAAGUACUAAUUGUUGUGGAAAGGUAGAUUUGUAGUAUGAAUAUUGGGUUGCUCUUCUGUAAUUCAGCUUUUUAAUUCAAGCUUUUUGCUUGUCUCAGCUAUUAAAUGCUUUAAAUUAAAUUCUACUUUGCUAACGUUUUCAAAGUAACAUUCUGAAGAUGUUGGGUUAGAACAACGUGUUGGGUUUUUCUUCACAUCUUAGAGGUUUUGGAAUAGAGCAAGAAACUUGAAGAUUUUGAUCCUUAUGUGUCAUAAAUUGAAAAUUUCAUGUUAUGUGGUAUUCUAAUAAAACAAGCAUCAGCUUGGAA